CUGAUAAAAAAAAAGUAAUUUUUGUAUCGAUUUCAAUUGACAAUAUAUUGCGUCGAGUGGAAAUAUAUGAUAAUUUAAGUUCUCGAGUUUUAAUGGAGUUUAUUCAAGUACAUGAAGAUUAUUUGCAUCAUAAUUUUGAAAAUAUAAAAGAAGUUGUUGAUUAUUUCACAACAGUUUAUAAUUGGAAUCUUUGUGUCACUUUAAAAAAUUCUCCAAGAUUUAUUUCUGAUACAGUUUGUGAAGCCAUUGCUUCAUGUAACAGACAGAGUAUAGGUCGACCAACUUUGAGAUGCAUGAAAUGCAAUAUAAAGAUGGAAUCACAGAAAUGGCGAAAACCUCCACCAACUACUACAGUAAAAAAAGUCUUAAAAAAAAAGAUCUUGCAACAGAAGGUGAAGCGAUUUAAGCAAAAGAUUGAAUCACUUGAAACGCAUGUUAAUGAACUACGAAAAAAGUGUGCAAGUGUUGAAGAACAAAAAUUAGAAGAUGCUAUCCAUAAUGUAAAAGAUUCUCAAAAAACACUUAUAAAGGCAUAUCUUCAGGCAGCUAAAAAAGUUGGUGAAGGUAAAAAAGGUAUUAGGUAUGAUAUAAAAUGGAUUUAUCAGUGCUUGCUGUUAAGAAUAAAAGGACCUGGCCUGUAUGAUAGCUUAAGGAACAAUGAAACAUUACCUUUACCUUCGAGACAAACACUUCAUAAAUAUAUCAGUUCAUUUGAUAGUUCAUUUGGUUUUAAAAAAAGUAUUUUUGAUGGAUUAAAAGAAAAAAAUUUAUCAAAACCAAGAUAUGAACGAGGAGGUGUUUUGUUGGAUGAUGAAAUUGCUUUGAGUAAAAUGGUGACAUUUGAUCAAAAAACACUAGAUGUCUUAGGAUUUGUUGGUUUAGGAGAUCAUACCCCAGCCAGCCAAUGAUUUGUUGUCUCAUAUUUUUAAUGCCAUAGAAGAUACUAAAUUUCCUAAAAUUGGCUGUGAUAAACAUGACCUGAGAUCUCAAAUUUUAAGCUUUUUUAUAAU